AAACUAGAAAUCUCUCUCUUACCACUCCAAUAAUAAUCAUAAUAUUAUCCAUGGAUAAUAGAAAUGAUGAAGUUUGCCUAGGUCUUGGUUUGGGAUUAAAUGAAGAAUAUACUACGUCGUCGCCAGAAAAGGCUCGAAAUAAACGAGUGUUUUUUCUCGAUCUUUCGAUCCCGAUUCACGAGAAUGGAGAUUCGAGCUCGAGAUUGAAAGUAUUGGGGAAAGACGAGAAGAAGGAGAGAAGAGAUAACGGGUUUUUCGAUAGUGGCAAAGAUGAUAUGAUUGAUGAUCAUAGCAUGAAUUGUUCGAUGGAUUUUAGCAGGAAGAAAUUGAGGCUUAAUAGAGAUCAGACCACCUUGCUUGAAGACAGUUUCAGACAGCAUACUACCCUUAAUACGGUACAAAAACAGGCACUUGCAGAGAAAUUGAAUCUUAAACCUAGACAAGUUGAGGUUUGGUUUCAGAACAGAAGAGCUAGGACAAAAUUGAAGCAGACGGAGGUAGACAAGGAGUUUCUGAAGAAGAACUGCGAAAGAUUAAGCGAGGAGAAUUGGAGAUUGAAGAAAGAGCUCUUAGAAUUACGAGCAUCCCUCAAAAUUGAGAAACCCCCGCCGCCGCCACCGCCGGCGGCAGCGGCGGCGGCGCCGCUGCGGUGUUUCAAUCAUAACAAGAAUGGGGCGGCAUCACGCGAGGAAGGUAGGGGCGGCGGUGAAAAGGAGGAAGCGGCGGUUAUGGAGGAGGGUGGUCCAUGAAAACCCUAAACCUAAUGAUCAUUGAUCAGCGAAAACGGCUUGAAUAGCUCUCUAGGGUACGUUUGUAGGGUGGAGGAAAAGAAAAAUAUAUUCAUUUUACACCCCUGUACUAUACGAAAUAUAUCAUUUACCCCCUAAUGUUUUCUAUACAUCACUCGGGGGUAAAUGAUACCUCAUUUGCGUAAUAUAGGGGAGAAAAAUGAAUUUUUUAAAAGAAAAAGAAAAGGAAAUUGAAUUUAAUUGAAUAUUGAUGUGAUACACUCAUAUACAUGUACGUAUAUUUUGGUAAUGAUUAUUGACCGUAUUUAAUCAAUAUUAAAAAUAUAUAAGUUUCUAAAAUGGCGGUCUACUCUAAUAUUUCUUUCAAUUAUUACUUCUUUAUUUAAUUUUUUGUAUGACUUUGAUUGAGAAUAUCAUUAUUUUUGGGGACCAAGAAAAAAAAAUUCCGAUUCAUUAGACUCGUUAUAUGAUGACUACUUACUUUAAUAUUAAUCAUAUUAUAUUGGUAAACUACGACCACUUCUGAGGUAAUGUUAGAUUACGAAAAACUCUCUCAUGUU